AUGUGCCACACCAGCUGCUCCGCUGUCUGCCAGCCGGCCUGCUCCGGGUCCCCGUGCUGCCCACCCCUGGGCUGCGGGGUCCCCUGCUGCCGCCCGGCCUCCUGCGUGGCUCUGCUGUGCCGGCCCGUGUGCGGCGUGGGCGCCUCCUGCCACCCGGGCUGCUGCGUGCCCAGCCCCUGCCAGGCAGCCUGCUGUGUGCCCGUGUGCUGCAAGCCCGCCCCUGCCAUGUGCGUGGCCCCCUCCUGCCAGUCCUCCUGCUGCUGCCAGCCCUCCUGCCCUGCCCUCCUCUGCAGACCUGUCUGCUGCAGCACCCCUGCCUGCUGCUAA